UUGCCUACUACGCAAUAAAAAAAAAACAAGCAAAAGAAAAGGAGAAAGCCAAAGAGAACUUUUCCACUUCCUCGGCGUCCGAAGGUCGUGCCAAGUUGUGCCUUAAACUAUCGCGAAAUCGAUCGCAAUUCGCAGCGGUCCUAAUUUUAAUCUGAUUAUAGCCGGAGCGAUGGCCUUCGUGGCCGUCGCCGUCUACACCCUCCCGUCCCUCAGCUAUGCUCGGCGGCCGCAGCCCCAGCUCACGAGCUCCUUCCUCGCGCCCGGCUGGCACCUGAGCCUCCGCCACCGCCCGCUUGCGAAGAAGCAGCAGCAGCAGCAGGGGCGGAGCCGGAGAAGGGGCGGCCUCCUCGUCGUCGUCGAUGAGUUAGCGGGCCAGUACGACGAAGGAUUCGAGGACGUUCAUGUGCAACUGAUUAACUACUUCACCUACAAAGCAGUGAGGACUGUUCUCCACCAAUUGUACGAAAUGAAUCCCCCAAGCUAUAGGUGGUUAUACAACUUCGUUGUGAACAAUAAACCCACCGAUGGUAAACGAUUUCUCCGUGCAUUGGCAAAGGAGAAGCAAGACUUGGCUGAGAGAGUGAUGAUAACACGCCUUCAUCUAUAUGGAAAAUGGAUUAAGAAAUGUGAUCAUGCAAAAUUGUAUCAGAAGAUCUCCGACGAGAACUUGCAGCUGAUGCGCGAACGACUAAUCGAAACUGUCAUUUGGCCGUCCGAUGAGACGACGAACACAGAAAAAAUUGAUUGAAAACUUUCGUUUAAUUUAUAUAUGUGAUGACAAGCCCUCAUCUUAGUCAGUAGUUCAUCGAUCGUUUCAGAUAAAUAUUGGUUGUCAUACUUAUAUAUGUUGUAUAUUUCCAAGUAAUUGUGUUCUUUAAUUUGAGUCCUUUCACUCACAAGGAUUCAGGGAUACUUGCUUCCUUGUGCUUGCUAGAUGAGCUCUUGUAGUUCAUGGCAGAAGAGAUUGUGCUGUUCUUUGUCAAGUCAUGGAUGUUAAUUUCAUAGAUUUCUGCAAGUUUGUUAA